GCAGAAUUGUGAAGCUUUUGCUUGAGAAGUAAAGUUAUAUAGAUUAUGGACUUGCUGCGGUGUGAAACCCAUUUAGGCAUUUUUAUUGCUGGAAUUUUCAUGCUCUGCACUUUCUGUCAUUCAGAGAAAGCUCCAGCUUAUACAUUUGUUAAAGAAGCAAGCUCAGCUCCACCGGAGGUACACUAUGACUACAUAAUCGUCGGUGGAGGAACUGCCGGAUGUCCAUUAGCUGCAACUCUUUCUCAAAAUGCCAGGGUAUUAGUACUUGAAAGGGGUGGCUCUCCUUAUGGAAACCCAGAUAUAGAAAAUAUGGGCAAUUUUGCCAAAUCUCUCUCUGACAUCUCUCCUAAAUCUCCGUCCCAGCCCUUCAUUUCAGAGGAUGGAGUCUAUAACACUCGCGCACGAGUUCUCGGCGGUGGGAGUGCCCUCAAUGCAGGGUUUUAUACGCAUGCAAGCAUGGGUUAUGUUAGGGAAUUUGGUUGGGAUGAAGCUUUAGUUAAUAAGUCCUAUGAAUGGGUCGAAAGGAAGAUAGUAUUUAAGCCACGAAUGCUGCAAUGGACAUCAGCAUUAAAAGCUGGACUAAUUGAAGUUGGAGUUUUACCUGAUAAUGGAGUCACUUUAGAUCAUACUUAUGGUAGUAAGUUUGGAGGAGUAAUCUUUGACAAAGAUGGUCAUAGGCACACCGCUGCUGAUUUGUUAGAGUACGCCGAUCCAACGAAGAUUACUGUUUAUUUACAUUCUACUGUGCACAAGAUCUUGUUUUCAACCAAAGGAAAAACAAGAGCUAUCGGUGUAAUAUUUGAAGAUGAUUUAGGGAAUAAGCAUACAGCAUACCUAGAUAAGAAUCCCAAGAGUGAGAUUAUCUUAUCAGCCGGUGCGCUAGGAAGUCCACAGCUCUUGAUGCUGAGUGGAGUUGGACCUGCAGAACAUCUUAAGUACCAUGGCAUAAAGGUGGUGAAGGACCAGCCCAUGGUGGGUCAAGGAAUGGCAGAUAACCCCAUGAAUUGUCUUUUCGUCCCUUCUCCUGUACCAGUUGAGGUUGCUCUCGUUCAAGUUGUAGGAAUUACGCGGUUUGAUAGCUAUAUCGAGUCUGUCAGCGGAAUAAACUUCGCUACAUCCUGGAUUCAGAAGCUUCUCAGUAGCUAUGACCAGUUAUUGGAUCAGAAUAGAAGACAGGGAGACAUUGUUCAGGAUGUCAUUUCUAGAUUUAUUCAAAGAACAAAUGCUUUCCUGAAUUCAACUAUAACAGGUGGAGCUAUUGCUGAGAAGAUUAUGGGUCCUGUCUCAAGAGGUCAUCUUGAACUAAAGACGACGAAUCCUCACGACAACCCAUCAGUCACAUUUAACUACUUCAAAGAACCAGAGGACCUAAAGAGAUGUGUUCAAGGGAUGAAGACAAUUAUAAAGGUUUUGAACUCUAAAGCAUUCUCAAAAUUCCGGUACCGGCUUCUUCCCGUACAAGCUCUGAUUAAUUUGAUGGUGGGUCUGCCAUUGAAUUUGAGACCUAGACAUGUUAUGGCUGCGUUUUCACUUGAACAAUUUUGUAAAGACACUGUGAUGACAAUAUGGCACUAUCAUGGAGGUUGUCAAGUUGGUAAAGUUGUUGAUCAGGACUAUAGAGUUCUUGGUGUGGAUGCUUUAAGGGUACUUGAUGGAUCUACGUUUAUUCGUUCACCUGGGGCUAAUCCUCAAGCCACCCUUAUGAUGCUUGGAAGAUACUUGGGAGAAAAGAUUUUACAAUAGAGAUCUCGCUGAAACUCGGAAGUAGUGAUGAUUCGGAAUUCUUCCUAAAUAAAGAAGAAAGUGUCAGUUGAGAUGUAUAGCAGUGCAUACUUUUAAGUUUUAACAUCAAAAUCUGUCAGCUACUCUGCUUUAGCUAAA